AUGUUGUUUUCUGGUGUUAACAGGUAUAUUUUGGAAUUGUUUAUUUUAAAGCUUAUUGUUCAACUCAACGCAAGCCUUUGGAAAAUUUAUAUAAUCAUUGAGGUUGAUAGAUGCUUCUUUUUUAAGUAGACUAACUCAAAGUAAAGUAAUAAAAAAGAUAUUAAAAUCUUAAUGUUAUUUAAUCUGAAUUUUUUUUUGGUUUAGCCACCUUUUAGCCCAAACAAUAGAAGAAUACUUCAACAAUAAUAAUAAAUAGUUUUAUAAAUUUAAUAAAUGAGUUUCUGCUAAACUCAUCCAUAAAAUUAAGUUGAUUUUAUUUGUAUGUAAUAACAUAAGUGUUAAAGAAAGCUCUGUAAAGACUGUUUAAGUGAACAUAUAGAAAAUAUGAAAUAGGCAGUUACUAUUGAAAAAUUUCAAAAAAUAGUCAACGAGAAAUUGUCAGCAUGCUAAUCUGAUAACAAUGAAGAUUUAAAAUAAUAAAAGAAGAUGUUUUAAUCCUUACUUUAAGACAUUGAAGUUUAGAUACAGAAAAUUUUGGAGGAGCUUUAUAUUUCUAUUACAAAAAUCUAUGACAAGAUAGAAUAGGAAGAUUAAUCCUAUAACCAAUUAAUCAAUGAAAAUAACAAUCUCACAAAAUCUUCAAAUGAGUCAUUUAAUAAACUAAUAUCAAUUGUACAAGAGAAAUCCUUAGAAAAUUGGAAUAGUGAAAAAACUAACUACUAUUAGUAUCUAUAAAAAGCGAAGUAAUAGUUGAAUUAAGAAGCGGAAACCUUUGGCACGAAAAUUUAAUAGUGGUUGAAGGAAGUUUUUAAGAUGGUUGGGUAAACCAAAAAAUUUAAAUUUAGGAUUAAAAAUAAUGAGUAACUAUUAUGGCAAGAAGGUAGCCAAGAAUAAAAAAUUGUUAUUUGGGAUUAAAUACAUAAUAGAUUUAUCUACACUUAAUUCUAAGUCAAAUUUACUGAAGAAAAAGAAGUCUAAUACUUGAAUGAUGGAGAAAUCUUAAGAAUGUAAGAUCCUAACUAUUUUUAUUUAUAGAGAUUAAAUAAAAGAUACGACAAGGAUACCAGAAAUCCUAAAGAAUUUGGAAUAAGUAAAGCACCUAUAAUGGUCUGGAUAGUUAAACUUCAAUAAUCAAAAAGUAGGCAAAUGGAUAGCCAAAUGAAAAAAUGAAAUAAUCAAAAAUGUAGGUGGGGAAUAUUCAGAGGAAGGAAACAAGAAAGGAUCAUGGAAAGAAUUAAUUGGAAAUUAUUAAAUCCAAAUCCUUUAGUAAUAGGAAGUAAAUUUUUAUGAAGUAGGAGAUUAUGAUAACGGGAUAAGGGUGAAGAACUGGAAAUAUAUCUAUGAUAAUAAAGAAAUGUAUAAGGAUGAUGUAAUAUGAUUAUAGAGGUAGUGGCGACUAUAAUGAGAAUGGAGAAAGAAAUGGUAAAUGGUAAGAACCUUGGGAAAGAUUUUGGUAGCACUCAUAACUACAGUAUAUUGGGCAAUAUAAAAAUGGUAAAAAGGUUGGGAAAUGGGAUAUUUAGUCUAAAGAGAAUAAAGAUACCAAGCCCUUAAAAUUGUAAAACAUUAUUAUUUAGUCUUCACAAUUCGCAUUUUAGUGGUGGGGGAUUAUAUGAUGCAGAAGGUAAUGGAUUGAAAUAGGGAAAUUGGAUUGAAUUAUCUGAGGGCUUUUUUAAAGAAUCUUAAGUAACCUACAACGGUCAAUAUAAAAAUGGCAAAAAAGUUGGGGGAUGGGAUAUCUGUAAAAUUGAAAAAGGUGUAUUAUUUGGUCUUAAGUUUAAAAAGAUGUAAAGAAAUAAAAUAGAUUAUACAUAAUUUUGUUAGUGGUGGUGGAGUUUACGAUGGAUAUAAUGGGAUGAAGUAGGGUAAUUGGGUUGAAAUAUUUGAUGGAUUUUAUAAAGAUUCUUAAGUAACCUAUAGUGGUCAAUAUAAAAAUGGUAAAAAAGUUUGUAGAUGGGAUAUUUUUUUUAAUGAGAAUGAAGAUAAAAGGCUAAACUUGAAAAUGUAAAAUUAUAUAGUAGCAUUAAUAACUUUUGUGUUUAGUGGUGGUGGAGAAUAUGAUGAUGGAAUUAAACAAGGUGAUUGGAUUGAAAUAUCCGAUGGAUUUUUUAAAGAUUCUUAAAUAACUUAUAGAGGUCAAUAUAAAAAUGGUAAAAAAGUUGCCAGAUGGGAUAUUUGGUAUAAAGAGAGUUGGGAUAAUGGAAAAUACUUGAAAAUGUAAUAAUUAUUUUGGAAUUCUAAUAACGUUUUUGUUUAGUGGGGGUGGAGUUUAUGACGAAGGAGGUAAUGAAUUUAAGUAGGGACAUUGGAUUGAUCUAUCGAAUGGAUUUUUUAGAGAUUCUCAAAUCAUCUAUGAAGGUCAAUAUCUAAAUGGAAAAAAAAUUGAUAGAUGGGAUAUUUGUAAUAUCUAAAAGAGUAUCCUAAAUGAUACUAUAAAAUCAUAAAAGAUGUAAGCAUCAAAUAAUAUAAAUAUUUCUAGAGGUGGCGGAUUAUAUGAGGCAAUUAAUUAAACUAGGACUGGGAAUUGGAUUACAUUGAGCAAUGAGUUUAGUAAUACAAACUAAAUUAUUUAUCAUGGGGAAUAUAAAAGUGGCAUUAAAGUUGGAAAAUGGGAAGUCUUGAAAAUGAAUCAAAAAGAUGAAUUUGAAUUGAAGUAAUGAAAUUAAUUAUGCCACUUUUAUUAGGAAUUUUCUUAUGUUUGAUUAAAAAGGAAUUGAAUUAUUCACAAAAAAUUAGUAUAAAUUUAAGAUCUAAUAAUAUCAAUAGUUCUAAAAUUCUCUUAAGCGGAAAAUUAAAUUAGGGGAAAAAAUUUGGAAGAUGGAAUAUUAUAUAUGACAAUGUAAUUAUGUAAACAAUAAUAUUUAUUUAAAAAUGUGUUUAGAGGUGGGGGAUAAUACGGAUAAUAGGGUUAAGAAAAUGGUAUGAAGUAUGGGAAAUGGGUGGAAAUAUCGGAUGAGUUUAGUUAUACAUUAUAAGUAACGUAUGAUGGAGAAUAUCAAAAUGGUAAAAAAGUUGGAAGAUGGGAUAUUUAUUAAUUUAAUGAAAAAUAAUUUAAAUGGUGGUAGAUAUAUUAUAAAUUAAUAUUGUGUAGUGGAUUUAUUAUUUAUGAUUUUUAAGGAAACCAAAUAAAAUAGGAGAGGAAGUAUUAAAUUACUCUCCUAUAUCUAGUAAGGCAGACAUAUAUUAUGUGGGUAAUUUCAAAAAUGGCAAAAAAGUUGGUUGCUGGGAAGUUUGGUUUAAAAAGAGUUAUGGCGAUGAUAAGAUUGAACUAAUGUAAAUUUUCAUAGUUUAAAGUUUAAUAAUUCUUUGAAAUAUAGUGGUUAAGGAUAUUACGAUGAUAGAGGUGAUGAGUUAAAAUUUGGUAAUUGGGUCGAAAUUGCUGAUGGAUUUUGUGAUCGUUUAUAAAUCACGUGGAAAGGUCAGUAUAAAAAUGGUAGAAAAAUUAGUAGCUGGGAAAUUUAUUAUAACGAAUUUGAUGGUGAAUGGAAACAUAAAAUUAUGUAUGCAAUUAUAGAUGUUGAUAUUUUGUUUAGUGGUGGGGGAUUUUAUGAUUAAGAAGGAAGUAAAUCAGGAAAAUGGAUUGAAUAAAGUGAGAUUUUUAUAUGGGACUCUUAAGUGACAUACUAAGGUCAUUAUAAGAAUCGGAAGAAAAUUGGUAUGUGGGAAAUAUAUUACAAAUAAAAUGAUAAACUUAAACAAAAAUUGAGAAUGUAAAAAUAUUCUGUAAUUUAAAAAUGUUUUUGUUGCUGCUUAGUGGUGGUGGGUUUUAUGAUUAAGAAGGAAGUAAAUCGGGAAAAUGGAUUGAAUAGAGUGAGAAUUUUAAGUGGGACUCUUAAGUGAUUUAUCAAGGUAAUUAUAGAAAAGGAAAAAAAAUUGGAGAAUGGGGUAUUUUUUAUAGAAAAUAGUAUGAGAAUGAAUAUAAAUAGAUGUAAAACUAUAAUAUAGAUAAAUUUGUUUUAGUGGGGGUGGAUUAUAUGAUGAAAAAUUUAAUGGAACUAAAUCAGGAAAAUGGAAUGAAUAGAGUCCCAGUUAUAAGUGGGACUCUGAAGUGGUUUAUCAAGGUAACUAUAGAAAUGGAAAAAAAAUUGGAGAUUGGGAUACUUUGUAUAGGAAAUAUAAUGAAGAUAAAUUUAGAAAAAUGUAAGAACUAUCUUUAAGAUAAUGUAUAUUUUAGUGGAGGAGGGUCAUAUGAUAAUGGAAUGGGAGGUGAUGAGGUUAAAUUGGGGAAGUGGGUAGAAAUAUCUGACGAAUUCAAAUAUGUUUCUUAAAUUACUCAGAGCGGAGAAUAUGAAAAUGGAAAAAAAAUUGGUUUAUGGUCCGAAAAGGAGUUAGAGAGUGAUGAGAUAAUUUAGGAAUUUAAAUUUGAAAAUUGAG